AUGCUGCAGCAGCUGCCGGAGUUCGCAGGAUGCGAUGUGACGCGAAGUAGACAGCAGAGGAUCCUGUCCGAGAUGGACAUCGUCGUGGAUGUCGGUGAUAUCUACGAUCCUGGCCAGCUGCGCUUCGACCAUCACCAGCGAGGAUUCUUCGAAACUGCAGAUGGCGUCCCUGGCGCAGCUAAAGGACCGGACGAGGCCACUGGCCGCUGGAAGACUCGACUCUCGUCCAGCGGCCUGGUGUACAAGCACUUCGGCCGGGAUCUGAUCCGGCAGCUUGCAGCAACAGAUGCCGAGAGCACCGAAAUUGUUUGGGCAGAGGUCUAUGACAGGUUCGUCGAGUGCAUCGAUGCCAUUGACAACGGGGUUGAGAUGUGCGCUGAAGGCAUCCCCCGCUUCAAGGACUGCACGGGCCUUUCCGCUCGUAUCGCCCGGCUGAAUCCUCGCUGGAAUGAGGCCUGCGACGACGAAAUUUUGCAGCGUCGCUUCGAGGCUGCGUCAGCUCUGUGUGGUUCAGAGUUCCUGGAGGUCCUCAGCGACGUCGUGGAGUCCUGGCUUCCGGCACGCGCCUGCGUGGCCGAGGCGAUGGCAGCUCGUGAGGAAGUCCACAGCUCCGGACAGGUCCUCCUGCUCGACUCCGGAAAGAUUCCAUGGAGGAGUCACAUCUUUGACCUGGAGCGCGAACUUUGCCUGGAGGGUCACAUCAAAUUCAUCGUCUACCCGGAAGAGGACCUCUACCGGGUACGCGCCGUUCCCAUCGAAGGUCGUUUCUUUACGAAUCGCCUCUCCCUGCCAGAGUCUUGGCGAGGCCUGCGGGACGAUGCUUUGGAGAAAGCCAGUGGAAUCGAAGGAUCCUGUUUCGUCCAUGUCAACGGCUGCUUUGCUUUCAAGCCAUGGCUUUCGUGUCACGAGAGGUGCUGGGGGCGUGGGCUGGAGGAAGGCCCAGGAAAUCGCUCAAUUCGCUGCCCAAGGCUUCAUCGGCCUCUCUCGCCCUUUGUCCGAGCUUCUGCGUGCCUCGCUGAUCCUAGAUCCGCAAUGGCUUUGCAACUUGGAUACAAACUGUCACUCUUUCGAGAGGUCCUUCGCAGAUGGCACGUCUUGCGGCAGAGUGCCCUCGAUUUGGAGUCCUCUGACACUAACCUCGCAGCAGCGGAUGCAGCCAUCCUGGCGUCCCCAAGAUCGAGGCCGAGUCACCGGGCUCCAGCCGUGGGCAUUGAUCUUGUAGACCCUGACACGGAGACGGACCACCUUUUCCUUUCGUUACCGGUGGAUCCAAGUGUCCGCUUCGAGGGUACGGUGGUAGAGAAGAGUGCAGUGCUGGCAUCGAAGCAGGCACCUCUGAUGCUGGUGUGCAGGACCCGGCAUAACCAGCUGCAUGGAUCCUUGGCUCACAGCCCGGCAACCUCGCCGUCCCGAUCCCACCAGGCCGCAAGGCGACCCGGAGAACAAGUCCAGGAGAAGUACCUGCUCAAGGUCGGCGAUGACCUUCGUCAGGAUCAGCUGGUGAUUCAGCUGAUGACUCUGUGCAACUGCAUCUGGCGGAAUCAUCUGCCGGGACAGGACGCGAGGCUGGUGCAGCUGCCGUUGUUUCGAGUCUUGGCUGUGACGCCCACGUCCGGUUACGUGAAGUUUGUGCCCGACUCUACGAGUCUGACCGAAGUCUUGCACAAGCCACAGACCUCAGUGCAGAUGCAGGGAUUGCAGAAGCUGUCCGUAGCGAAUUGCAGCGCAUGCCGGUUUGCAUACCUGUGUAGGCUGCACUGUACGUGGUGA